AUGGAGGACCAAGAAAUCGAAGUGCUUUUCGAAUACCUUAAAAGGGAGCCGGAGAUGUACCGGAUUUUGCAAAGGUUCGUGAGCAGGACUGUUCAGUUUGAACAGUCGCUCAUAGAAAGGAUGGCGGAGGCGGGGUGGAGGUUGGAGGAACUGGUAGGGCAAAGUGCCCAGCCAGCAAUGGAAGAGGACCCGGUACCUCAGGAGCCGGAAUUUAAUGAAGAAGAGGCAGAGUGGGCUCCUCUGCCUGAGAAUGAAAAUGGUGAUGAGGUCGAGAACUGGCCAUCAGAAGCAGAGUGGACCCCUCUGCCGGAAGACGAAGAAGAAGAAGAGCCUGAGGUACCGGGGGUACCAAUGGAGAACGAGGAACCGGUAGAAGCAGUAGGCGAGCUCGUCCUACGAAAGAGGACAAUAAGAAUCCCGGUUCCUGCCAUGCAAGAGGCAAUGGCUGCGGCACCUCCGGAAAAGUUCGAACCAGUUGAUUUAAAAAAUCUUCCGGAGCAACUCCGAAGAGAGUUGAUAGUGCCGCAAGCAGAGCCAUACACGGUGGCACAAGGAGAAGGAAACAAGAACAUCGUGUGUGGCCUCUGCUGCAGGCAGUUUGAAACGUUGAAAGGGUGGCGCAUUCACGCGUCGAGAACACACAAGCAAGAUGGCUUUUGUGCCCGUUGUGGGCAUUACCUCUUGCUGCCACCUGAAUUUACGGCCGCCCAAAGAACGGCAGCAAUGGAGCUUCAUGCCCUCGAUUGGUGCCCGAGGGCAUGCGCGGCCGUAAUAAGCGAACGACAGGUGAAGCGGCGCAGACUUGACCUAGUAGGAAGAGAAGAGGAUGCGCAUCACCUCUUCAUCCCAGGUAAGAAAUUAAUUAGCAUUGAAGAAGCUAAUAUUAUUGCCUGGUCUUCCAUAUGCGGCUACCUGUCGCUGCCUGCUGCGAAUCUCCAUCCUCUUCCAAUGAAAGACGUCCAAGCUGGUUAG